AUGAAAGCCAUGGCGUCAUCGCCGGCGGCUAAGCCUAAGCCCACCACCACCCUCCGCGUGGCCGCCUUCAGCGGCUCCCUCCGCAAGGGCUCGUGGCACGGCGGCCUCAUCCGCGCGGCCCAGGAGCUGUGCGAGGAGUCCAUCCCGGCACUCCGCCGGUGCAUCCCGGGGCUGCGAAUCGACCACGUCGACAUCUCCGGCCUGCCGAUGGCGAACCCGGACCUGGAGACGGACGACGGCGACGGCUUCCCGCCAGACGUCGAGGCGUUCCGCGACAGGGUCCGCGCCGCCGACUGCUUCCUCUUCGCCUCGCCCGAGUACAACUACUCCGUCACCGCCACGCUGAAGAACGCGCUGGACUGGGCGUCGAGGGGCAAGCACAAGGGAUGGGCGGACAAGGCGGCGGCCAUCGUCUCCGCGGGCGGCAGCUGCGGCGGGGGCAGGGCGGCGUUCCACCUCCGCCAGAUCGGGGUGUUCCUCGACAUCCACUUCAUCAACAAGCCGGAGCUCCAGGUCAGGGCGUACGAGGACCCGCCCAAGUUCGACGCCGACGGGAACCUCGUCGACGCCGAGACCAGGGAGCGGCUCAAGCAGGUGCUCCUCUCGCUGCAGGCCUUUGCGCUCCGGCUCCAACAUUAAUUAGGGCUGGGUGGCUGCGUCAAUCCCACAUUCCCACAAAGCCAUAAAAAUCCACAUUUGGAGUCGUGUUGUGACUGUGUUUGUCUACAUUUCACAUCAACCGAUGUAAUGAUUUUUUUUCUUCUCUUUUUUAUUCUCAAUACAAUGCUACAA